AUGGCGGCGGACGCGAAGGAGGCGGCGGCGAUGGAGGAGGCGGAGAGCGAUGGUGCCGCGGCGGCCGCGGCGCUGUCGGAGCUGGCGGCGCUGCUCUCUCCGUCCUCCCCCGCCGCUCCCGCGGCUGCCGAGGCCGCCCUGGCGCUGUCGGGCAGCGCCUCGGGCCGGGCGCUGCUGGCGGGACACCCCGCGGCCUUGGCGGCCUUGUGCGGCCUGGCCGCCUCGGCCUCGCGUGGCUCGGAGCCCGCCUUGGCCGCGCUGGUGAACGCGUCCUCGGAGCCGGCCGCGCUGGAGCCGCUGCUCCCCGCGGUCCCUUGGCUCGCCGAGCUCCUGCCCGGCUCCGGGCCGGCCUGCGGGGUGCUGGCCAACCUGGGCCGGGACGAGGCGGCGGCGCCGCGGGUGCUGCGGGCGCUGGGCCCCGGCGCGGGGCCGCUGCUGCGGGCGCUGAGCGCGGAGCGGCCGCCGGAGGAGCUCGGGGCGCUGCUCUGCAACCUCAGCCGGGCCCCGGAGGGACGGGCCGCGCUCCUGGAGCCGUCGGGGCGGGCGCUGCGGCGGCUCCUGGCGCUGCUGCGGGGCCCGGCCUCGGCGGCGCUGCGCAGAGGAGCCGCGGGAGCGCUCAGGAACUGCUGCUUCCAGCACGAGAACCACGAGCGGCUGCUGAGCCCCGAGCUGGACGCGCUCCCGCUGCUGCUGCUGCCGCUGGCCGGCCCCGAGGAGCUCCCCGAGGAGGAGAUGGAGCAGCUCCCCGUGGAUCUGCAGUACCUCCCCCCGGAGCACCGGCCGGAGGAGGAGCCGGAGAUCCGCAAGAUGCUGCUGGAGACGCUGAUGCUGCUGGCGGCCACCAAGGCGGGGCGGGAGCAGCUGCGGCGCCGCGGUUCCUACCUGGUGCUGCGGGAGCUGCACGGCCGGGAGCGGGACCCCGCGGUGCUCGGCGCCUGCCACAACCUGAUCCAGGUGCUGAUCGGGGAGGAGCCGGAGGCGGCCAUGGAGAACCUGCUGGAGGUGCCGAUCCCACCGGAGCUGCAGCGGCGCUUCGCCGACAUGGACGCGGAGGAGGAGCGGCGGCGGAGGGAGGAACCGGCGGAGACGGCCGGGUGACACCACAACGUCACCAGAGCGUCACCAGAGCGUCACCAGAACAUCACCAGAACAUCCCUGGAGCGUCACCAGAACAUCCCUGGAGCGUCACCAGAACAUCACCAGAACAUCACCAGAGCGUCACCAGAACGUCACCAGAACAUCACCAGAACAUCACAAGAAUGUCACCAGAACGUCACCAGAACAUCACCAGAACAUCACAAGAAUGUCACCAGAACGUCACCAGAACAUCACAAGAAUGUCACCAGAACGUCACCAGAACGUCACCAGAACAUCACCAGAGCGUCACCAGAGCGUCACCAGAACGUCACCAGAACGUCACCGGAACAUCACCGGAACAUCACUGGAGCAUCACCAGAACAUCACCAGAACAUCACAAGAACGUCACCAGAGCGUCACCAGAACGUCACCAGAACAUCACCAGAACAUCACCAGAACAUCACCAGAACGUCACCAGAAUGUCACCAGAACAUCACCAGAAUGUCACCAGAACGUCACCAGAACAUCACCAGAACAUCACUGGAGUGUCACCAGAACGUCACCAGAACGUCACCAGAACAUCACAAGAAUGUCACCAGAACGUCACCAGAACGUCACCAGAACGUCACCAGAACAUCACAAGAAUGUCACCAGAACGUCACCAGAACGUCACCAGAACGUCACCAGAACGUCACCAGAACAUCACAAGAAUGUCACCAGAACAUCACCAGAACAUCACCAGAGCGUCACCAGAACGUCACCAGAACAUCACCGGAGCGUCACCAGCACGUCACCAGCAGGGACCGUGGGGACAGCGGGGUGGGGUCUCCAGGGGCCACCACGGGGACAACGCGGUGAUCAUAAAGAACCAUCGUGGUGGCAAUGAGGUGUCCCCAAAACCACCAGGGUGACAACGGGGUGGCUCUGAGGGUCAGCGUGGUGGCAAUGGGACGGUGUCCCCAAAAAGCCACCGUGGUGGCCAUGGGGUGUCCACGAAGAGCCACCAUGAUGAGAACGUGGUGUCCCCAAGGGCCACCAUGAGAUGUCCUCAAGGGCCAAGUGGUGGCACUGGGACAAUGUCCUCAAGGAGCCGCUGGGGUGGCGCUGGGAUGGUGUCCCCCAAAAGCCACCAGGGUGACAAUGGGGUGUCCCCAGGGCCACCGAGGUGACACCGGGAUGUCCCCAAGGCCACCGGGGUGUCCCAAAGUUGCCCAAUUAAAGGUUUUCACCCCAAA